AUGCCUAUUCGCAUUCAUGUCUCUUCUGAGGAGUUGGAUAGAUCGAUGGGGCGCUGCAGUAGUGGAAUGACUGGUUCUUUACAUAGACACUCUCCAUCAUGCCGUGAUGGAAAUGUACUCACACCACAGAAACGAGACAUUCUGUUGAAUGAACUCCUUCCAGCAGCUAUUGCACUGCACAGUGAGCGUCUUCUCGUGGUGCGAUCACGGUUUAAUUUGGUCAUCAUGCAGUUUAUCUCAGAGAUGUGCUACACAUACGUUGAGCUUCCCGCAGCGUAUGAGAGUGUGGGUGUGGUGCAGGCAGACUUUGUGUUGUUUGUGUUGGCAGAGGCGGUGGCGCCAUUUGUGGUGAUCUGCUCUGAGGCCGAUGAUGGGCGGCCGACGUCUGCGGCGAUGAACUUUGCACCCGCAGACAUUGUCAACACACGACUGUUCACUCGCAUCAUUGCACACAAUUUGGCCCAC